GAACAAGAAUUUCCGUUGACGGAUUUAAAUGUUGGAGGCACGCCUCCUGCAAAAGAAGCCUGAGAUAGUUUUUGGCAAUUAGGCUGGUUAAUGGAGAGCUUUUUCUGUUUUUUUUAGACGAAAGACUUUUGAGAAAUCAUAUCAGGUAUUGUUAAGAUAGAUAUAUAACAGACACACAGGUAAGAACUUUGCAAGUUCUUGAAAACUGAGGGUUUUGUUCUGUAAAUUAGCUCGUCGCGUUAGCUACUUUUGACACUCCUAUGUCGGGAUCUCCAUAACAACACCCGACAGUUAUGUCCUCGACUAAGGAAGACACGCUAUCCCCAGAUGAGCUGCGGAAAAGACUCUAUCAGACUUUUAAGAAUAAAGGAGUGCUUGAUACUCUGAAAACACAGAUGCGAAAUCAGCUCAUCCAGGAGUUAAAACACCCACCUCUGAGUGGAGCAGAACCAGUUCUCAGACCAGUACCUGUCAAGUCUGAGCCCCUGUUGGUCUCAGCCUGUAACAGCAUAGUGGCUGAUCAUCUCCGCACUUCUGGGUAUGAGUACACCCUUUCUGUAUUCUGCCCUGAAAGUGGCCUAUGCAAGGACAAGGUUUCCACAAAAGGAGACCUUCUUCAGCUUUUGAAAAUUAGGCCCGAAUCUGCCCUUUACCGAUCCCUGUCUUUGAUCAAAGAUGAUAAAGCAGGGUUUCUUCUCAGCCUUCUAACACAGCUAACGCAACAUUAUUCUCAUCGUUUGUGCCACGACGCUGACACUCAGACAAUCAGCACAGGAAGUUAUGGAGAGUCUCUUGUUGAGAAAAUGAAGAUGAUCGAUAAGGAAUAUGAGAGCUUCAAUUACAGUGGGGACCGACUGUUUUCAUUCCAAUCAAAACUGGCUGCUUACAGAAAGGAAGUUGAGGCACAGUUCCAAGUGGAAAUGAACACAAAGAUGCAACAUUUCAAAGAUGUUGAAAUCUCUAAGGUGAGGAUGGAAGAAAAAGCUAAAUUUCAUAAAGAAUUUGAUAAGCUGAAGCAUGAAUUGGAGAGGACUUAUGAAAUGAAGGCGAAGGCGUUGAUGGACCGGGAGAAAAAUGCCAUCGAUCGGUUACAAAAACAACAAGAGAUUGAAGAAAAAAAUGUGUAUAUGCAGAGACAAUCGGUCCUGAAAGAAAUUGAAACACUGCGGAACAGAGAAAAUGAGCUGAGGAUGAGAGUGGAGGGUUUUGAAAAGACUUGUCAAAUUCAUGAGGAGAAGGUUAAGACCACCGAAGAGCUGCUGAGGAGGAGAGAAAUGGCAGUGAAGACUAUGGAGGACACGUACGACCAAAGGCUGAGGAAAGAACUUUCUAGGUAUCAGCUUGAGUUGAAGGAAGAGUUUGUCAAGAGAACAGAAAGACUGACUGAGAACGAGAACAGAAACAGAGUGGAAACUGCUCGAAUCCAAAAGGAGUCAGCUGCCAUUGAUGCCAGAUUAGAGGAGCACAGCAGGGUGUGUUCAGAGCUGAGACGACUGCAGAUUGAGCUAGACACGGCACAGCAGCAGAUUUCUCUGCUGUGUCAGCAGAAGGAGCUGUUGAAGGAAAGACUGGACACUAUGAGCGACUACCCAAGCUUGAAAAGAGAGAAAGCUGAGCUGCAGGCACAGCUGCAGCUGCUGAAGAAACAGCUGGAAGAGGCCCAAGAGGAAAACUGUCUUCUCCAUGCAGAUUUAGGUAAGCCAUCCAAAGAGCAGCUGGCCUUGCAGAUUGAGCUACAGAGGCUGCAGAACGCUCGCAGGCUGGAUGAGGAAGAGUUUGACAACCAGAAACAGGUGCUGCAGGCACAGCUCCAGACUGAGGUGGAGCGGUGCGCUCAGCUCAGCGCUCAGUUGAUAGCAUGUGAGGAGAAGUCGCAGUGGAUGACUAACCACAUGGAGGACAUUAAGAUGCAGCUUCGCCAAACUCAGCAAGCUCUUGAAAAUGAAGUGCUGCGUAACCCCAAGCCUUCUCUUGUUGAUCGCUCAGUAUUGGAGCUGAGCGCUGACAAGCUGGUUCCCCCUGACAUCUAUAUGGGCAGACCUCUUAUGAGGGCCAGGAUGGAUUAUGAUAAUUUUUCUGAAGCAGGUGGGCCUGUGAGAGGACGCAAGUUGCCUUGGAUAGACUCUCCAGACUCCGACAUGGAGCUGGUUGCUGAAGCCAAGGCUCGGAUCCAGGAGCUGCAGAAGGAGGCUGAAACCUUGGAGGAAGCCUACAGGAGCUACCAGCAGAGGGCAGUGCACUCCUCCAUCUCACACAUGCUUCCCCCAAGACCUCUUUCCCCACAACGAGGACAUCAGUCACAUUGCAGUGACUCUUCUCUUAGAAAACAAAUCUCUCACCAUUCACACACCCACUCAUUCCACAAAUCAAAGGUCUCACACAGGCCAUCAUCUCCAAAAACUCCCUCUUACUUGUCACCCCAUGACACCAGGAACACCAUACCAACUGUGCAACAGAAAGUGACCUUCUCAGAAGACCGUAACCAACCACAGUCCACAGUUUUCACUGACCACAAUCUCCAUUCAUUCACUGAACAUCUGUUUCCCAGAGAUGGAUGCCCUCAGGAUGGAGGCAGUCCUCCAUUCAGUCAUGCGUCCACCACGCCGCACUCUUCCUCCAGGAAAAAACUUCAAAGAGAGAUUUCACAAGAAGCAGCAGUGUCUCCAGUGGCUUUCCCGGAGAUGGCAUCUGACAGACACAUCCCUUGUGGCCCCCACGAUGAGGUGGCGACCUCAGGUGACUUAUCCUCUGAGCUCAGUCCACCUCAGAGUCCGCAGCUCAAGAGCACAGCACGGAACCAGUCCAGUCCGCCAAAGCUGUCACCUGUGCUGUCCAGCCUGGAGUCUUCCCCACAGCCAGAAAAAAUAAGCCUGGAAGAUCUCACAGGAAUUUUGUCAGAGCCCGGCCACAUUCCAGAGCUUCUCCUGGACACUGCCGUCCCUCUCUCUGAGGAGGCCCCUGACGGCCCCGCUGCCCCCCGCCCACCAGACCUCCCAGAAGACCCGGUAGACUUGCAGGGCCAGGCGGAAGUCCCACAAACCUCAGGUGAAUCUACUAAGGGCAAAGGUGAAGAGGAUGAGGAGCAGAGAUGGGAAAGGGAACGAAAGGAAAGACAAGAACGAAGGCAAAGGGAGCAAGAGGAAGCCAGAGAGAGGGAGCUGCAAGAACUUGAAAGACUUGACAAAGAGAUGCUUUCUCAAGAUGUCGAGCAUCCACGACAAGAGGCAGAAGAAGAUGAAGAAACUGGAAUUAAGAAAGGAGGAGAUGAAGUGCAGAAGCAAGAGGUCAAUAAUGACGGGGAGGAGGCUAAAGGGGAAAAUCCACUGGAGAAAUACAUGAAGAUGGUCCUGGAAGCAAGAGAGAAGCAGCAGCUUGCACAGAGCCCUGGAUCACAAGAAGGACAUACAAGCCCAGAGGCCAAGAGUUUGUCUGAGGAGAAAGACAACAGCAUUGCAGCUUAUUCACACAAGGAUGAAGAUGAUGAUUUCUGGUGAACCGGUUGUGCCAGAGGGCUAUCAAGAACUGAUGCAUUAUGUAAGCCUCUGUGGGUCUGUACUGUUUUUAACAAGUGUGAAGCGUUUAUUUAUAUUUUAAGAUUGUUUUUUCAGUAUGUAUAUUUGACACCAUUUUUUAAAAACAUCAACUGCAUACAGUAUGAGUGAAUAAAUCACACUGUAAUGUUU